AUCCUUUUUUGAAGUCUAUCAACAUGAACGUGGAAUCUUGCAACAUGUUAAUUGAAGGGCGCGUCCUCCAACCACCGGUUUUAGAAUAUCACCCCAAAAGCGUGAAUCAUCUAUUCACUCCCGAAGCUGGUCGCUGGAAUAUUGCAAAUAAAGUCGUUGUACUGGGAAAGAAUCUCCAAAAUUGGUCUGUAAUUGUUUUUUCCACUGAGCGAAAUUGUCCAAAACAAGUUGUCCGACGUUUUACACAAAAAUUUCGUGAGGUUGCCAAUCAGAAAGGCAUGGAUGUGUCUAACGAGCCCGAAAUAUGUUACUUCAAUCCGGUUGGAGACAUCCGCAAGUCGUUGUAUCAAGCAUGUUGCACUUCAAGAUUCAACAAAGAUUUACCGCCCCAGUUAAUAUUUUGUGUGUUGGAGCAUACUGGAUCUCUGUAUGGAGAAAUAAAGCGCAUCGGAGAUACCGAAUUAGGCGUUCCUACGCAAGUAGUAUUGACCAAAUUAUUGUCCAGGCGUGGCAUCGAUCAGAUAUGUGCAAACAUUGCCUUGAAGGUGAACGUCAAAUUAGGAGGACAGAAUUGCUUCUUGUCCGAAGGUCAACUAAGUUUUGUCUCGGAAGUUCCGACGAUGAUAUUCGGUGCGGACGUGUUUCAUCCAGGCCGAGGAGAAAAUAAGCCUAGCAUUGCGGCAGUUUGCGGUUCCGUGAAUAGAAAUGCCACCAUGUACUGCGGUCGCUAUAGUAAAAACGAGGAACCACGAAACGAAACGAUCGAAAAUCUCCGGGAGAUGGUUGAUGAUUUGAUGCGUGCUUUCUGGGAAAGAAAUGCCACUCUUCCCCAUCGAAUCCUUUUCUAUCGAGACGGUGUGUCCGAAGGACAAUUUGAACACGUCUUACGUGUUGAAGUAAAGGCGUUAAAGGAAACCUUUUGUCGCUGCUACAAAAAAGGAUUCGAACCUAAACUCACAUUUGUGAUUGUUCAAAAAAGGCAUCACACCAGAUUCAUGCCGAAUGAACCUCGCGAUGGAGAUAAAAAUGCGAAUUGUCCUCCAGGAACUGUUGUCGACAGUACCAUUCUAGUUCCUCAAGAGUUUGGCUUUUGCAAGUAUCAUUCCGAUUUGCGAAUGAUCAUGCUGGCGAUACGAAUUCUUAUUAAUGGUAUAUUAUUUCAUAUAGACCUACAACCUCAAAAUGUGUUGCAAGGUACUGGGCGCCCAAUCCAUUACAGUGUUCUUUAUGAUGAGAACAAGUUUACUGCUGACGAAAUACAGACAUUAACCCACAAGCUCUGUUAUCUCUCCGCAAGAUGUACACUCGCCAUCUCUCUUGUUCCUCCCGUGCAUUACGCUCAUUUGAUGGCCAAUC